AACUCGAUCUGUCAGUCGAUAAGACGAGUGUAAAAAAGAGAAUACUGAAACAAAAAAGUGGAGCGUGUGAUCUUUUUAGCCGUUAGAAAUAGAACCUUGUUUUUUUGUAUGUGUUGUGGCCCACGUCUUUGUAGUAGGAAUGUUGGGAGUGGGCUGAAAAUAAUUUCGUAUUCACAGACGUGGAUCGAUUCACCGCGUGUUUGGUCGUCGAGACAAGACGAGACAAAGUUUUAAAAGAGAGUCAUCUGUUGAAAAGGAAAAAAGAGAGGACCUCAUUGAAGUGCAGUGUUUAAUUACACAAUAACAUAUGAGAAGAUGGAGCGUCGCUGGAAGAUGGCGUGAUACGCAAAACUAGACGGAAGAAGAAGGAAGUUAUCGUGGCCAAACAUGAAUCUGAUCCAGCAGCAGCCAUCGAGCACUGGCGCAGGAGAGCAAGGAGUCAUUGAGAACAAGAUGGUGGAACAGCCAUCGUGUUCCAGACAAUCCUCGCAGGACGAUGUCGACUGUUCUUCAGCGGUCGGCGUCAAACCAUCAGUGAGCGAUGACGGCGGGAUGAAUCCACCCAUCAAUCUUCCGGCCAGCCUGGAGAGUUUACCGCGGGCUGAACAUUUCCCAACGCAGAGGCAUCGCUGGAACACCAAUGAGGAGAUUGCCGCCGUGUUGAUCAACUUUGAACGUCACCCCGAAUGGCUCUUCAAAGAGGUUAAAAUCAGACCGAAAAGUGGCUCGAUGUUGUUAUAUUCGCGCAAGAAAGUGCGAUAUCGUCGUGACGGCUACUGCUGGAAAAAGCGCAAGGACGGCAAGACGACGCGCGAAGAUCACAUGAAACUCAAAGUGCAAGGCACCGAGUGCAUUUACGGCUGUUACGUCCAUUCGGCCAUUCUACCCACUUUUCAUCGACGAUGUUAUUGGCUGUUGCAGAAUCCCGACAUUGUCCUAGUCCACUAUCUCAACGUGCCGUAUCCGGACGACGCCAAACUGUUGGUUGUGGCCAGCGUUUCAUUAUGGGCCGAACGCAAGGAGUGGAGCAAAGACGAGCUCAUUUCCCAGCUGAGACCCAUGUUUUUGAGCCAGGACGAACCCAAUUUGAACAACGAACUGGAAGUCUCUACGGCGGAAACGGUGGAAGCCAUCGUCAGUCAGCUGAUGGAGAAACAGCGGCUGGCCCGCACGGGCGGCAGCGUUGGGGCCGUUCCGGUGGCUGUCAACGGACACGUUUCAAACGCCCCUCAGCGCCAGCAGCAGCAGCAGCAGCAACUUCAAACGGGUGGAGGUGGUGGUGGAGGAGGAGGUCGGGUUGGCAACAGCAGAACAUCGGCCAACAUGGAACCACAGGUUCACCAUAAUCACAAAGUUGGUGCGGAUGCAUCGAGUCUGAACGAUUUGGCGACGGGCCAUAGCCUUCCACAUUCCCUUCGGCGGCUCUCUAAUGGCGGGCCAGCAAGUUCCUUUAUCCGAUUAGAACCUCGACCCGCUCCAUCACAUUCCAGCAACAUCCAGCAACGUCAGACGGCAACGCCGGCGGAUAAUGCUGGCCGGACGGCUCCGUCUGCCAGGGCGGAGGCGGCCAAUUUCGGUCUGGGGAGAGGUGGUUCGACGCCAACGUCCAUGCCUUCGUCGUCGUCAUUGUCUUCCACUUCCGUCCCAUCUUUCCACACCGAACAGAUCCAUCAUCAUCCGGAGACGGUGCAAUGCCAACAGCAGGAUCAUCAGUUGCAACAUCAGCAGCAGCAGCAGCAGAUGAUCAGCGCCAAACAGGAAUCGCUGGAUUCCAAUUAUUAUUAUUCUUCAAAUAAUUGCAACAAUGCUGGCCAGCAGCAGCAGCAGCAGCCUGCCCAUCCUACCCCUCCUACACCGGCCCCCGUUCCUUCCAUUAAUCAGACGACGAUGAAUUUCAUGGAUCACGGCAGCGGCGAUCAAGGCAACACGUUCCCUUCAUUCUACUCGCUCGUCAACGCCAAUAACGCCACCAGGCGGGCCGAUGAAAUGCUUUCCGGCCAUGGAUACAGGUUGCCGAUGGAUUGUCUGUUCAAUGAAACGCUGGAUCUUUCACAGGACGAUAUCCAACGAACCCUGUCGGCCAAUUUGAGCCACGAAACGGCUUUCCACUGCAGUGGCGGCGGAGGUGGUAGCGCAAGUAACGACGGUGGAGCCUCUUGUAGCGACGGCGGAUUAGGCAGAUCGAUUCGAUCCGUUGAAACGACAGCCGAGGAUGAUUUACUAGUCAAUUUAGAUGCCUUCGACAUGCUGACGGAAUUCUCCGAUUUGGAUUGCCACGACACGAUCGACUCGCUCAUCUCAAUCCAGACGGGUACAGCAGGCGGAGGAAGAGCUUCCGGGUCACCUUCCGACGGCUCGGAUGGCAAAGACAUGAACGCUAUCAACGACAGGAUCCAUCAGCUCAAAGACGUACCGUCUCCUCCGACCCUCUCUACGUCCGGUGAUUCCAUGUUGACAUCCAUUACCGAUUUCUCGCCGGAAUGGGCUCCUACUGAGGGUGGAACCAAACUGCUCAUAACAGGAUCGUUUUGUUCGCCGACGCUAAGCGGCUCGUACAGCGCCGUGUUUGAUGGAAUAGCAGUUCCGGCUGUUUGGGUCCAGUUGGGAGUCCUCCGCUGCUUUUGCCCUCAUCAUAGCCCUGGAAGAGUGCAAAUGCAUGUGGCCCGUCAGGGAAUAGCCAUCACGCAACCGGCCAUCUUUGAAUACCGUCAAGUGUCUGCCGUGUCGAGUUCGUGUCAUCCGGAAGGAUCUUCAUCCACCACCCAAUGGACGAAUUCACUUCUGACGUUGUUGGUGGGCCGGCUCGAGUCUCUUGGAGCCCAUUUGAACGUCCAAGGAUGCGGCAUCGAUCAGCUGUUUAGCAGCUUGAGAGCCUAUCUGGAGAGUGGCGAAGUGGAACUACAAAGCGCCGAGGAGCAGUUGGUGUCCAUCUGUCGUCAGUUGGUGACGAAACGUUGGCGGUUGAACGCACAGCAGCCGGGCGAAGAUGCGUCCUCGUCACAUACGAACGGGACGCGUCAGCAAAUGAACCUACUCCACCUGGCGGCGGCUUUGGGUUUGUUGCGCGUCCUGUGCACGUUGCUCAACUGGCGACUGGAGAACUCGUCACCAGCGCUGGAACACGAGAUGAGUCCACUGGCCAGCGACCAGCAAGGUUACACACCGCUGAUGUGGGCCUGCGCCCAAGGCCAUCGCGAUGUUGUAGCCCUUCUGGCUCAAUGGGACCCUUCGGCCCUCAACGUCCACGAUCGAUCGGGGAGAUCAGCUUGGGACGUUGCCCGGCAAAGGGGCCAUCAUUCGCUUGCCGAAGAACUGGAAACGCGUAGGAUCUUGUCGGUCAGACGAUCAACGGCCGAGCCUUCGCUUCCGCCGCCUUCGCUCGUCCAGCUCAACAAAUCCAAUUGCAGCAGUAAACCGAUCGAGUCGGUGGCUGCUCGCCAGAUGUUGCUGGCCAAACGCUCGUCCGUCGAUUCGGUGCCCAACAAUAACAACAAUAACGAGCCGGCCGGAAAUAAUCACCAAGCAUUUUGGAGACGGCCCAACGCGGCCAAAGCUCACAAACUUUCCAGGGACGAUCGCAGCUAUUCGCUGCCAUUGGGCGGAGCUGGCCAGGCUUAUUCUAGCGGCCGCAAUAGCACCGGCAGCAACGUGUCGUGUUUGGCUCACGAUCCGUCGCCUUCGCCGCACACGAUGGAUUCAUCGAAUCCAUCUUCUUUGAAUGGCGGCUCGAGCUUCGAUGGCGGCCUGGACGGCCUGCUCGGCCCAUGUUACAGCCCGUGUUACAGCGCCGACAUCGAAGGCUUGGAGUCAGGAGACGAUGGAUUGCUCGUCGACAACUCGUCCACCUGCUCCUCCACAACCCAAGCUGCUCCCUGCUCCUCCGCCGCAGGCGGGCCUCGAUCGGCAGCAGGAAGUGGCGUCCGCCGGGAGAGCGUCAAUUCGAUCGACCUCCAUCAACAGCACCUGUCGCCGUUAACGAGCAUCGAGCAAAACACUCGGGUCUUGACAUUGGCUGAACAAAUCAUCGCCGCUAUUCCUGAUCGCAUCAAAAACGAAACGGAGGACAUGGUGGUGGGCUGGAGUCCCUGCAUGGAAUUGGAGAUCAGCAGCGUCGUCAGCGAAGUGCAAAGCAUCGAAGGUUCCAUCGAUUUGGCCAUCGUCGCCGAUGCGCCUCCGUCUCUCGACGGCAAUGAUUUGACCUUUGAAUUUAGUGAUCAACAGUACAGGUAUUGCGAAACGGCGACGCCCAGCUCAAGUUUGUCUCCAGCGUCGUCCAGCUGCCUGCAAUCUCCGUGUUCGUUCUCUGUUAACUCGCCCUCACCUCCGCCUACCACUGCCGAUUUCAGCGAAUUCCUCCAGGCUUCUGCCAGUUUAUUUGUUCGUGAUUUUUCUAACUUGACGCUGUCGGAUCACGAGCAACGCGAACUCUACGAGGCGGCAAAAACCAUCCAAAAGGCCUAUCGAUCCUACGUAGGACGCAAGAGGGCCGAAGAACAGGAGAAGGAACGGGCAGCUGCCGUGAUCAUUCAGAACUAUUACCGGCGUUACAAACAGUACGUCUACCUGAAGCAGAUGACCAAAGCGGCCGUUGUCAUCCAGAAUCAAUUCCGCUCGUAUUACGAACACAAGCGCUUCAAGAAGAACAUGGAAUCACCGUCGACAUCGUCCGCAUCGAACGCGGCCAACAGCGGAGGCAUCGCCUCUUCGGCAGCCGCCGUUGCGGCCGCUUACCGCAACUACCGCGAGUCCUCAUUAACGGCCAACUCGGCCCGCCAGAGUCGCGAAGGAACGCCCACCUCUUCGGCGCUCAAGCGGACCUAUUCACAGCGUCGGCAACAUCAGGCAGCGAGGAAGAUCCAGCAGUUCAUGCGCCAAUCCAAAAACAAUCUUCUGGAUGUUGUCGUGAAAUCGGUUACAGAGAGAGAGGGCGUUACGGCGGGCGGCAGAGUCUCAUCCAGAGAUGCCGGUGGAACUUCAACAACAACAGCAACAACACAGAGCCCCGGCAGCGGUAAUAGCCCAAGCAAUUCAAGCUCCAGUAGCGGAUCCGUCGCAAGUUCCAUGACCUAUCACAGUCUGAAUUGAACAUGAGGCAAACGAGCGUGCGCGGGACACAAACCAAGAAAGAAAACGAGCGCGCGGAGAAUCAACAGUGUAACGUUCUGCACGUUAACGUUGUGGGAAUCGUGACUGGGACAAGUUGCACUUCUGAAAUGCUGGCAAUUCAAUCGGUUUCUUGUGUCUCUGUGCGGCCACAUGAAUAUUCCCGAUCGAUAAUUUUUUUUUGUUUUUUAAUCUUUUCUUAACCCACUUUACUCGAUUCAGCUCUCCUAUUUCAACUGGAAUACUUUUCUUUUUACCCCCCAACUUUGAGGAUACACGAUUGUACUACACCCCAUCGAUUUCCCCGUCCAUCCGAUUCAACUUCUGCGGACAUCGUUCAACUAACAAUCCCCCCAUCUUUUUGUACAAAUGGAAAUCGACCAUUUCUUUGCUAUCACCUUCCUCUCUUUCUCUCUUGGCGCUUGUGUUUUGUUUCCCACCUCCCCCCCAUGCUAGAUUCAAUCACAUUCCUUCAACUUUAUAUUCGGGCGGACAAAAGAAACUUGCGAAACAAGUUUUAAUUCGGCCCAUUUGUUUCCCUCUUUUUUUUUUAAAUUUUCCAAUUCAGUUUCGAAAAAAAAAGACGAACGUCUUGCGAAUCAAUCAAACUCGAUCAAAUGAUAUGCACGAUGUGUGUGUAUAGCGUCCCUAUACUUCUACAUAAUGUAUGUAUUAUUAUUAUUUUUUAAUGAUUAUUAUUUUUUUUAAACAAAACAAAAGAAUUAUCGACUGUCACGUGAUGGAGUAUGAUUGUUCCUUUUUUUUUUUUUUACCUGUACAUAAUAGCGGUGUGUACUCCAGUGCGUGUGCUAUAUAUAUUUAUAGCGAUGUUUAGUCGUGAAAUUUGGGCAAAUUUCAUUAUCAAUCCCAACCCGGUGUAUUACUCGAUCAUUGGCAUUUCAAAUUUUGUUCUGCAAUCAAAUGAUGUGCGCGUGUGAAAAGAGAGGGCAAGAAUCGAGUAGCAUGGAUUUACCAAACCCAGUUUUUAAAUGUCAUCUAGUCUGUGAUGAUUUCUGUUUUUUCGUGCAUUUUAAUCUUUUCAUCAUAAUUUUAUUCACAUUUUUCACGUCCGCUGGUUGUGCGAUUUUCUAUUUUUCUCUCUCGCGUUCGUCCUGUUCAAAUAGGAUUUUUUUUUUCUUUUUCUUUUUCACACCUGAAAAUCAUUCGCGUUUUGUAAUGCAAUUCUUGAAAUGCUCUCUUCACUUGUUUCCGCUAUCGACAGGGUUUAGCUCCUCCCCCCUUUUUUUUUGUAAUAAAAAAACAAAAAGAAAAUACCCACCCCAAAACAUUUCGUGAAAUGCGUAGUUUUAAACGAAGCGGUAAAAGCUGCGAAUUUCGUCAGCUGUCUGGACGACUAUUCAACCAAUGUAUAUAUAAUUGAGUGGGGAGGGAGGGGCAGUAAGAGGGAAAGCAUUUUUAGAAUAAAGGAAGCGAAAUAAUAAGAUAUUGAUUCGACUGCCUCUAAUAGCGCCCAUUUUGAAAGAAUAGCAAAAUAUAAAAAUAAACUCCCUUUUGAUGAUUAUUAUACCUCAUAGAUUUAAAAAGGAAACCCCAUCCAUUUGAUUCUUUUGUUCUUUAUUUCCCCCUUUUUUUGUGUGUGUGUGGCUCUCGUGGUCCUUUUCAUCGACAGUUUCCGUAUUUAAAAUUCUGCUGCUUCCAUUUUCGAAUUGACUCUCUCUCUUUCUCGUUCACGUUUCUAUCAAACUCAAUUGUUCAGUAAAAGAAAAAAAGGAAAUGCUCCAAAUCUUAUUCAUUAGUCGUCUUCGUUGUAUUCGUGAUGAUUCUUUCUUGGCCUUUUGCCUCUUUAAAUUACGUCACACCGCGCCGUUUUUACUGCCGCCCCUUUCAAUUGCGUUACGCGCCUUCCCCUAGUUAACAAAACAAAACGGAAGUUCAAUUUGAAAAUACUUGUUGCCCUCCAUGAAAAUAGAGUAAAACAAGAAAGCCAUCGUGGGUUCAGCCAUCGUGACACACUUGCCCCUCCAACCGCCCGUUUCUCUCGUCUGUGUGAAGUCAAUCAUUUGUCAAUUGUACUAUAAUUCACGCGUGAAAAGAGACUUGACUCGAAUGUCCUCCUUCCUCACCGCCCAAUUUCCCUUUCAAUCAUUUACACACACACACACACGCUCACGCAGAAAGAAACGCUCUUCAAAUUCGACAACCCUCAAAAUUGAAUAGUCUCGACAUUUUCUUCUCUUUCUUGUGUCUUUUCUAUUUCUCUUCUCUUCUUCUUCUUCUUCUUUUUUUUUCUUCAUUUUUGAGCUCUUUCCUUUCAUCUUUUAUCUACUGACGCGAUUUUUUCUCUACGUGUAACAUCUCCACCUUAUUAUUAUGAUUAUUAUACAUAUACAUACUACAAAAAUUAUAUCACUACUCGGCCAGGUCUCUCUUUCCUCUCCCCUCUUUUCGCAAAUUUUUAUUCCCUGUUGUAUUCAAAUACAUAAAGAAAAAGGAAGAAAAAUGAGUUAAAAAAAAAACAAACAAAAAAACAAAAAUUGACACACUUCCGGAGAGAUUGUCUUUCGUUCGUGUAUGUUAUAAUCAAGACACACGUUGAAAUGAAACAUUUUGACGACCCCAUGCCGAUGGAGCAUUUCCCACCGAGGAUCGAACAUUCAGAGAAUGCAGAAACGUUAAUUUUGUUUUUUUUUUUAAGUUUAAAUGAGUAAAUUGAGUUAAUGACAUGCAGAAAUGAUGUCGACUGGCUCAUUGGAAUUAAGGGAAACAAAAGGGUUUGCCAUUCGCCAAAAGAUGAAUUUAAACAAAUCAAUCUCUGGUCCCCAAAUUUUAACAUUCCGCCGGAUGUGCCUCUCCUUAUACCAUUCCUCUAUUAAAACCAAGCACGGGUAUGUAUCGCAUUGUUAUAUAAUAUAGUAUCUGUCUUGUGUUUAGCUCUACUGCAUGUGCUGAUCAAUUGGCAUGUUGAAUAUUGGACACGUUCGUACAGAUAGACAAUCAGCGAAAAACAUGGAAACCUGUUCGUCCCUCUUCGGUACAGAAAAAAAGACAACACGGACCAAUCACGGUGAGUUUCCCAUUCAUAGCUACAGUCGUGUCUUUCUAUUUGGUUGCGACAUUUCUGGCAACUCAAUUUUAUUUUUUCCUCCCACUUUUUUCCGUUCAAAAUGGCCACCCUUUUUAUUGUUGUCCCCUGACGAGAGCAAAACUGAAUUGAAAGGGCGUCUCCUUCCGGCCUCGCUGAUCUAUACAACAAUCGAACCUUCUCAAAGACAACUACUCGACGAACUUCAAAAGGAGAAAGUUCUAUGGCGUUCCGGCUUGGAUGUUGCGUGAAUUCCGCAAUAGACUGGGCAAUACAGAGAUCCACCACGACAAUCAUGUCCUUGUUCUUUUCAUCUGUUUAGAGGGAGAGCAAAGGAUCUGUCGCACGAUGACCGAAUGACGUGCGCUGACUUUGAUUUGAGCGUUCAACUUCAAACGCCAAUUUAAAAAAUAAAUAAAUAAUUUAAAAAUCGUUUAAUUAUCAACGUUUAAUAAGGUUUGAUUUAGAUGCCACUUGACGGUUAGUUAAUUGGCGCUAUUACAUUAACCAUUUGAUGGUAUAGUGGAGAGGGCCAGUGUAACUUAUAUGCGUCUCGUGGUUUAUUUUCAAGGCCUUCUUUUUAAGGGAUAAUCAGACAGAAAUCCGAUAGCUGCUCGUCUUGUAAUAUCGUCUGGCAGCCAGAAGAAUGACCCAUCACUCUCUUGAAGCUCUUGACGGAUAGCAGCGCUUUAUAUAGCGACUAGCUUCUCAGCUUUCUUAUAUAAUGUGGUGAACAAUUAAGUCCAUCUCCUAUGAGUAGCCCACACAAUUUCUAUGGUGGUGGCACCAUCUUUUUUCCUACUAUUGUCCGGAUGUUUGGCUAACCAGAUCACAUAUCUUUUUCUUUUCCUUCUUCAUUUCAGGACACGUUUUCCUUCGCCUUUAAGAGUGACGCAUUGCACGAAAAGAUCUUUGCAUUUCGUCAUUUUUCUGGCGUAUAAUUUACUCAGUAGAAACAUUAUUGGUCUCCUUAUUCCAUCUGUGCCUAUGAAGUUGAGACGGGCAGUUCAACGGACAAAACGGAAACCACCAAAUUAUUUCUGCAUGAGUUGAAUUCUCUUCUUUCAAGUAUAUUUAUGCUCAUUGGUCACUUUACUGCCCCUCAGAUGAAAACUGCGUUAUACCCACUGCAAUUGCCCAUUGCCCCAUCAGCAAUUCCUGUGUCCGGUCUUCCGGAAGAAAAAAAUUGUUGUCGACAGUUCCAAUGUUUCGUUUGUCAUCAUUUCUUUUUCCUCGACCGCUUCCGGUGGCUUCCGUUACUCCGUCGAAUUUAUCCCUCAAAAUUUUAUUUAAUUUUAUUUUAUUAUUUGCUUUUUUUCAUUUUAUUUGCAGAGGAAAAAGACCAUCCCAUCGGGCAUCCCAUUUUCUGAAGCUGAUUUUGGAAGGAAAUGAAGCAUCGAACUAAUGCAUGGUUAAUAACUGCUUUUGUUGUUGUUGCGUGUGUACAGAGCACUUUGGUUUGCUGACUAAGAACCUCUUCCGGACACAAUAGUGAACGCCAUCAUCUCUGCGAGUUGUGUUGUUCAAUUUCGUGGCAUCUGGAUGCAACGUUGCCGAGUCUUUUCAUCAGUAUCGAUUGGUUGCUGCCUUCGUGCGAAUAAAUGAGCUUCUCUCUUGCUGCGUAUCCCGUGCAUGCUUAUAAAUGUGUGUGUGUGUGUAUGUGUAUGUAUCUACGCCAUCUUUUUCCUUGUCGCAACUCUGCGGAUUAAAAUGUCAUCACGACGGGAUAAAUAUAAACAGCGAGCCGGGUGACGGCUUUCCAUUA